AAAAUUUUUAUUUUAUUUUUUCGGUUUGAGAGAUUUAACGCAAAGGCGGGCCUCUCUCGGUUAACCCAUUUCUUCCUGCUCUCUAUUGUCUGGUUUCCAUUGCCACAGGCAAGUGGCGAGUCCUUAAAUUCUGUUUAUCUCACUCGCAGAUGUUGAGAAGAAGGAAAUCCAUCAAGGGAACGGUGACUUAGUCACAGGGGAGGUAUCAGAAAAGGGCAUACUAAUUGCAUUGAGCUCCAGUUAAUACAAGGACUUGGGAGAGAUUGAUAAAAUUUGACCUUUUUCUAAGCCUUCAAGAUGCAAUCUCAAUCUGAAAAUCAAAAUAUUCGAAGGGAUGGGGCAAACUGAUAAGAUUAUUAUUGGAGUCACUGUUGGUGUGGCUGUUGGGAUCGUCUUAUCAUGUUGUGCAUUCUUUGCCGUUAGGUUGUGUAGAAAGCGAGUUCCACGAAGUCUGAGUUCAAGAGAUCUUAGCAAUGCAUCUCUACCCAUACGUGCAAAUGGCAUUGAUAGCAGCAUGGAUUCCAGUGUAUCUCUCUCAAUUAGUCAUGACCAGGAAGAUUUGCCGAACAGAAGCAAUUAUUGGGGCCAACGAAAGCACCAGGAAAGGGAUUUAUUAAGUUCGUUCUCUGGCAUUCCACGAUACUUGUACAAGGACAUUCAGAAAGCCACACAAAAUUUCACAACCAUUCUAGGGCAGGGAUCUUUUGGUCCUGUUUAUAAGGCUAUAAUGCCUACAGGUGCGGUGGUAGCUGUAAAGGUGCUUGCAAAUAAAUCAAAACAAGGAGAAAAAGAGUUCCAAACUGAGGUAGUUUUACUUAGUCGAUUACACCACAGGAAUCUGGUGAAUUUACUUGGAUAUUGUGUAGACAAAGGCCAGCUUAUACUUGUCUAUGAAUUUAUGAGUAAUGGGAGUUUGGCUAGCCUUUUGUAUGGUGCUGGUCCUCGUGUUCUUAACUGGGAUGAAAGGCUACAAAUUGCUUUAGAUGUGUCACAUGGCAUUGAGUAUCUUCAUGAUGGGGCAUCGCCUUCAGUUGUUCAUAGGGACCUUAAAUCUGCUAAUAUACUCCUUGACAGAAUAAUGAGAGCUAAGGUGGCUGAUUUUGGUCUGUCCAAAGAAGAGAUGUUUGAUGGAAGGAGGUCUGGACUAAAGGGAACAUACGGCUACAUGGAUCCCAGUUACAUGUCAACAAGCAAAUUCACAAAGCAAAGUGAUGUCUAUAGUUUUGGUAUAAUACUAUUUGAACUCAUCACUGCCAUUAAUCCGCAGCAGGGCUUGAUGGAGUACAUAAAUCUUGCGGUGAUCGGUGGUGGGGAUGGAAGGGCUGAAUGGGAUGAAAUAGUUGAUAAGAAGCUUAUUGGCAACAGCAACACUGAAGAAAUUAGGCUUCUUGCAAACAUAGCUCACCGUUGUCUACACAAAAACCCUAGCAGGCGGCCGGCGAUCUCCGAUAUUACUCAGGCCAUCUCAAGAAUCCGGCAACGACAGAGCACCAGAGAGCAUACCAUGUCCAUCUCUGAAAAUGAACCUUCCAGUGUCUUCAGUAGGAUAGCACAACAGCAAGUUGAGCUGAGCAGUUUGGCCAAUUUAAAAGAAUUUUCAUUACAUAAAGAGUGAGAAUUAGUCUAAAUCAUUUUUCUUUUUCUUCUGCCACAACGGGCAAGAGCCUAUCUUGUACUGGCCCUUUCCCUGUAAACAAAGAGAUCAGGGCUCUGAAUUGCUACAUUCAAAUAGAUGGAAAAAAUGAUCUCUUUUAAUCUUUUUGA